AUGAGAAACGCGUCGGGAACCGUGUUGGCGCUGCUCGUGCUCGCCGUCAUGCCAAUCGUUGUUAGCAGUUUGAUGGUGGUCCGAAGGCUACCGGGUUCAUAUUUUCAAGCGAUGGAGCAAUUAGAAGAAUUGAUAGGCGAGGAGCAGGAUCGACGAGAACGUGAAGACGAUGAAGGCGUCGCGAUAGAACGAAUAUUGAUGAGAAGCCGAAAAUCGGUGCCCGACGGCUAUUUCAAUGAGUUCUCGGUCAACGAUUUUCCGCGCGAUCGACGCGGCCAGCCGAUUUCCGACUACACCGAUGAGUUCUCCGCCGAUCCUUUCGAGCGAGCCAUCGAGCGAACCAUGUCGGGUAUGCAAGCUAUUCGACGACGGGCAACGUUCAAACGCUCGCAGACCGCACAAAGCGGUCUUGUGCCGCUUGACGAUGAUGUUUCCGCUUCCAGAUCAGAUUCGGAGAGCUCGAUUCUCACGUCUCAGCGAAAAGGACAAACUCUUAUAACGGUUUCGAGCGAUUCAGUGAGUUCCGACGACUCGGGCAGCGGCAUUCAACCAUCGAAAGAUUGGCGAGGCGUUCUACCGAGAGAGCCAAACAUAAUUAGCCUCGCAGCGUUUCUCGAAUGCUGGGACAGCAGUGUUGGGCUCGACGGCGAGCUGUUGUGUCGACGACGAGUCGGCCAUAUCAUUAAUGUGUCGCCGGUGGCGAUUUCGGCGACGUUGGCUCGCGAAGACUGUCUAUGCGAAGACAUGCACAACCACAAGCUUCAUAAAGAGCUCAAGGCGAACAUCGAUCACACAUCGACUCCAGAACAAAUAAUGGCACAAUUCGAUAGGGUCAACAAGUUCAUUAGUGAAGCGCGCGAUGAGGACUCGAGGGUUCUUAUAUAUUAUCCGAAGAUCCGCAAAAGUUUGGGAAUGGUGCUUGGCAUUCAGGCGUUGAUGAACGUCUAUCAGAAUUUGUCGGUGAAAAGCGCAAUCGAACACUGGAAACGUCAUAACGAAGAUCACAUCAAUUACAACGAAGAGCUGUCGGAUAAUUGCAUGGAGGCGCUUCACAUGUGGGGAGAGAUCGUCGAACUUCGGCGCGAGAAACGAGCCGAAUUCGUGAAGAAUCGCACGAAGAGCGAAGACUUGUCGUUGUCGCAAAAAAUUCUCCGUCGUGGGCAGCAGUUUCUUGAUAGAAACUUGUGCAUCACGAGCGCCUAUGUCGAUGAGGUCGAUAAUUGCUAA